CGCUCGUUUAAUUAAUAAUAACAUGGAACCUCAACCCUACUUUUUGGUUAUUGCAAUUUUGGUCUUCACAAUCUUGUAUUUUCUUGCAAAAUAUGUCAAAGCAAGAUCCACUAACCUUCCCCCUGGUCCAUGGAAAUUACCCAUCAUUGGUAACAUCCAUCAACUUGCUCUAGCAGGACCAUUACCACACCGUGCUUUCAGAGAACUUGCAAAGAAAUAUGGACCCAUCAUGCACCUCAAACUCGGUGAGAACUCCACAGUGGUUAUAUCUUCCGCUAAGCUAGCCAAGGAAGUUCUCAAAACCCAGGAUGCCUGUUUUCAAAAGAGGCCUUUUAUUGCCGCUGUUCCAACCCUUGUAUAUGGCCCUGCAGAUAUUGCAUUCUCUCCGUCCGGCGAUUACUGGAGAGAUAUGCGCAAGAUAUGUACUCUAGAGCUUUUGAGUGUGAAAAAGGUUCAGUCUCUGGUGGCUUCUACUGUAAGAGAAGCCGAGGCUGAAAAGCUCAUUCAGACGAUCCGUGAAUCUGCGGGUUCACGGAUCAAUCUGAGUGACAUGAUUUUCUCCUUGAUAAGCGCUUCUGUUUACAGGGCGACUUUUGGUAGCUACAACAAGGAGCAUGAUGAGUUUGUGGUUCUGAUCAAAGAAGCAAUGGAAAUCCUUGGAGGGUUUCAUUGGGCGGAUUUGUUUCCGUCGAUGAAACCUCUGUAUUAUUUGAGUGGGUUGAAGUCCAAGGUGGAGAAGCUGCACAAGAAACUUGAUAGGAUCUUGGAGGACAUCGUAAUGGAACAUCAAAAGAAACAAAGAGAAGGUAGGAUCGAUGCGGAGGAGGAAGACCUUGUUGAUGUUCUAUUGAGAGUCCAACAAAGUAGCAGUCUAACAAUCGCAAACGUCAAAGCCGUCAUUGAGGACAUGUUUGCUGCUGGAACGGAUACUACAGCAUCAACAAUAGAAUGGGCCAAAAAGCGGAGCAUAAUUCUCCUCCUCUCUCUUCACCUCGACGGCGUUGCUCCGGCCAGGGGUUUGGUUGUCGUCGUCGUCCAACCCAAAGUUGCGGAGGAGAACCGAUUUUCGAUAGCGCUGCUAGCUGGCGAGGUAUAUGCCGGCGGAGGCGCCGCCGCUUUUGUAGAGAUCGUUGUCGUCGACGGCGGUGUCGACAACAUCCUCGGAGCGGGAACCGCAGCGGUUGCAGUAGAAAAAUCCGUCAUCGCUGUCGACGAGGCUGACGUUUCUGUAGGCGUGGCAGAUCAAGGUGUGGGGAUCAAUAUCAGCCAUAACAUCUGGAGAAGUGAAGUGAAGACCAGCUGUGACUGUGAAGCGCAGGUGCCAAACUAG